AUGCGAGUUGUUCAUCAUGACCCUUUGAGGGAUCUCUCCCUCUCUAUUCAUCGAUCUUUCCCUCUCCUAUAUUUCAGUAUCAAUUUGUUUCUUUCAACAUCUAUAAUUCGUGGUUAUCUUGGUACUAGGCCAUUUUUAUGGUCGUUUUUCUUUGUUACAAUGGCUGAUGCCAUCUGUUUAAGCUGCGGUUUUAUAUGGCUAAGCAUGUGACCCUAGCUUAUACUCUUUGUCAUUUCCAUGUGAGCUAUAUUAUUAUCAUUAGUUCUGUGGUUGAUUGUUAUCAAGCUGUAUAGCACUUCAAAUGACUAAUCAGUUGGAAAGGUUCAACAAAUUUAUCUAUCCUCCCUUCCCCAGCUUUUCUUUUCGUCUCUAUAAAAUAAUUGCCCUACUACUAUUUUGGCUAAUACAAUUUACCAACGAUAACUUCUUGAUGAGAAAAAGGUAGUUACUUCCAAAUCCCGACGAGCAUUUCGUUCCUUAGGUACACUCUACAAAAGUAAAAUUUGAAUUGGGAACCCACCCUUAUUCCGUUUUCAAAAACUUGUCGCUCUUGCUAAUCUGAGUCCGGGGCUUAUCUCUUCUUAAGCUGGAGUUGUGCUCCUCAUGCGGAACACAUACUCCAAGGCUCCAUGACUGUUGAAUACAUUCCCUGCUGGACUUGAGGGGGUCAUGAGUGAAGUACGAGUGAGUGCAUCACGUCUCAAAGAAGCCACCGCAUCCUUAGCGGAGACACUAUUACGGAAGCAAAACAUAACAGACGGGAACGUUCGAGCCUGUAAACACAACAGAGAAACUACACAACAGACCGCCCAGAGAGCCGCCGCCACAAGUUUAGUAGGUCACCACAGCCGCAUUACGAACGCUUACGCCAUUGCAAGACCAACCCAGCAGGCCGCUGACGGUGAACCCCGUCCCGGAGCCGCUCCUCGCGAAGGUCACCGUGUACUGCUUCUUCUCCCCGGAGGAGAAUGUGAGAGUGGCCGGUCGGACGGUCGCCGACACCGGGCCUAAUUCCGGAUUCAGGGCUAUGCAGGUCGUCCCCCGAGGCCCCAAGUUGGUCAGCGUGCGGGUCACCUCUCGUCUGAAGUUGUUUCCAUCGUUCAGGAAGAUCCGGAAGUUGGGAUAGUUCAGCUCGUCCUCCUUGAUAGAAAUCACCGACGAGCAGUUCACGGCGCGGCCAGCGAUGAUGCGGAUCUGCCGAUUCGUAUAUCCGAGGCCGCACAGAUAAGCGAUGUAGUCGCUUGAGCUGACUUCGUAGACCAGGCCGGCGUCAACGGCCCCCCUAGCGUCUACCUCGCCGGCACCUAUGUCAAAGCGGGAUGCCGGAUUCCCCACGUGGUCCUCGAUCCGUUUCCCAGCGUUGCCUACUUGGCUCGCCGAGGUCAUCAGCGACGACUUGAUCGCCCCCGGCGACCAGGUUGGAUGAGCAGCCUUAGCCAGCGCUGCCACGCCGCUUACGUGGGGUGUGGCCAUGGAGGUACCGGAGAUUACGAAGAAAGACGACUGAGCGUCGGGGGUUCCCACCGGUGUAGGCCACGCCGCCAGGAUGUUGACACCUGGGGCGACGAUGUCGGGCUUCAAUAUUCCCGGGCUGGAGAUGCUGGGCCCCCUCGAGGAGAAGUACGCCACCGCCGGAGUGAACUGCCCUCCGGUGACGGUGCCCUUGAAGACGAUGGUAGCCGUCGGAUUGCUGCCAGACGUUAUGUACUGUUUUAUCGCCAAUCCGACGUGA